AUGACGGCGGCAGGCGGCAGCCCGUCACACUGGGUAGGGCUUUCACUUCGCCCGCCAGACCAUUUCGACUUUGAAAACACCGGUUCGUGGACUACGUGGCUAAGCCUAUUUGAAGACUACGCAUUUGCUUCUGGUCUAAGCAAUGCCCCAGGAGACAUUCAGGUUCGGUCUCUUCUUUACUGCAUGGGACCGGAAGCUCGUCCGCUUCUUUCUACAUUUCGCAUCGACGACGCCACCAACUACAGUAAAGUGGUAGAGGCUUUUACGGCACACUUCGUGCAUCCCGUCAACGAGGUCUACGAAUCUGCGCAGUUUCAUAGAAGGGUGCAACAGCUGGGAGAGACUGUUGACAGUUACUACGCCGAACUCUGUAAGUUGUGCAAGAGAUGUAAUUAUGCAUCAGUCGAAGUCGAAGAACGGCUCAUUCGUGAUCGCUUCAUUGUGGGUCUGCGGGACGCUCGACUCGCCGAUCAGUUGUGCAGAAAUGCGAAAUUAAGCCUCAAGGAAGCGUGGAUUCAGGCCAGGCAGGCCGAAGAUGCGGAUAAACAGCGAGACACUUUAUGUAGACGCGCGACAGAGUCAGUCCCAGUCGUCAUCGAUGCCGCUAGAUCAGGACAUCCCCGUCAGAAUCCACGGGAUCGAGGUCCAGGGAAUCGUCCUGUUCGGUCGCAGCGACCCAAAGGAAGUAACGGAAGUAACUGCGACUACUGUGGUCGUGCACCGCAUGCUCGUUCCGAGUGUCCGGCUCGGAAUUCGCUGUGCAAUUUCUGCCGAAAAAAAGGACAUUUUGCGGAUGUGUGUCGCAGUCGGAGGAGGCGCAAUAAGAUGGAUGCACUUCAACUUCAUGCAAUAAAAAAUUCAGCGCAAGCAAACUUCGCCGAGGUCACGGUAAAUGACUACACAGAAGUGUUCAAGAUAGACUCAGGGGCCGAGGUUACGACAGUUUCCGAAACUUUUCCUGGUCUUCCAAGAACGUUGGACAAGGUCGACAACGUCCUAUCAGGGCCGGGACAGCAACCGCUACAAGUGCUGGGAUCUUUCGCAGCUACGUUACUGUGGAGAGGAAGAUCUACCCAACAAAGGCUCUACGUCGUGAAGUCACUUUCUGUACCCUUGCUAGGACUGCCCGCAAUACAGGCCUUGGGGGUCAUCAAGUUUGUAGACAAAGUAUCGUCUCAACCUCGGACAACGUUAUUCGAUGGGCUCGGAACCCUUUCAACGGAAUACAAGAUUCAUCUCAAGCCUGAUGCCGUUCCGUUUUCACUAAGUGUCCCUCGACGGAUUCCCAUUCCCAUGCUAGAGGUCGUCCCUACAGAACUGGAAAAGCUUCAGCAAGAGGGCGUGAUUCGUAAAGUGGACAGUCCAACAGAGUGGUGUUCAGGUCUAGUGGUGGUCCCAAAAGCUACGGGAGGACACAGGUUGUGCGUGGACCUCACCAAGCUGAACCAGGUGGUCAUGAGAGAACGGCACGAUCUACCUACGGUUGACCAAGUUCUAGGUCUACUGGGGGACUCCACGGUCUUCUCUAAGUUGGACGCUGCUUCGGGCUUCUACCAAGUGAAAUUGGCAGAAGAGUCUCAAGAACUCACUACCUUUAUUACGCCCUUCGGUAGAUACUGCUUUCGUCGAAUGCCGUUUGGCAUUACUUCAGCGCCGGAGUUUUUCCAGAAACAAAUGUCAAGAAUCCUCGAAGGUCUUGAAGGAACUGUGUGUAUGAUGGACGAUAUACUGGUUUUCGGAAGAACGGCAGAAGAACACGACUUUCGCCUGCAAGAGGUCUUGAAACGCCUGUCACGAGCAGGGAUCACUCUGAACAAAUAA